CUAUAAUGGAAAAAAUAAUCAUUUAAGAAAAAAACAAUACCUGUGGUUUACCGGGGAGAGUCGAUUGCCCCACAUCCAGUUCCCCUGUGGCAUGCUCGUCACAAUCAGUGCACUAAUAUUGAUAUGUUGCAGUUAACAAAGGCCCACUCUUCCCUCAGAUUCCUCACUUUUCACCUAUGUCCUUUUGCAUUCCUGGAUCCCCUGGAGGGACAGUGACUGUCCUCAUGUCACCUUGGGCCCUCUUAGGGGUGACUCCCUCAGACUUCCCUUGUUUCUGAUGCCCUCGGCAUUUUGAGAGUCAGGUGGUUUGUAAAAACCUUGGAACUUGUCUCAAGUUCCCUCAUGAUUGUCUGGAGUGAAGAUUUGGGAAGAAGCCCUUUCCUCUCAUCUUGGCUUGUCACUGAAGGUGGGAAACUCAGCCAGUUGCCUGUUUUGUCAGGUUUCACCCCCCCACCCACCCACCCAUGCUUUCUGGAAGAACACUCUCCUAAAGGUCACACUGGCUACAUGAAUUAUAUAGAAUUCCUUUCUCCCCCAUUUAGCUAGUUAUUCUAUCGCUUUAUCAGUAGGGACUCAUAUACUUUUUACCUUGGGCUAUAAUCUAUAAAGCAAUCUAUAACAGUACUUUACCUACUCUAUUGCCUAAAUUGAUCCUGCUUCAGACACAAGGAGCUCCUCUCAGCUCCUGUGUUACGUCCCUUUGACAUGCCUUGGUCAGUGAGUGUGUGUGAUGCAUGUGCAUGUGUUAGCACUUCCUCUCUGGCUCCAUGCAGGUUUCCUGCUGCUGCCCUUGAACCAGUUUUUCUCCCACAAGCCCAGGUCUUUUUAUUGGAGAAUGGGAUGAAGAUGUGUUUGUUGCUAUGGGGCUUUUUGUUUGCCAUUUAGGCCCUUUCAGCUGACAGGCAAGGGGCCGCAGCCCUGUAUAAAUGCAUGUGUCUGUAACAUUCUCUGGGAAACCAUCUGUCCUACUGAGCUGAGUUCAGAUGUGCAUCUCCAUCGCUAACUUAUGACUACGUGGGAUACUCCGGCCCCCUCCUCUUGCUUGCCUAUAACGCCUGCAUAGUGAGAACCUGGGUCUGAGUGGAGGGGAGCAGAGAGGAGUGGUGGUUUGGCCUCAGAAUCAAUCUAGUGGAGGGACUGGAUGAAGGGAGGGACCCUUAUCAUGGAGGGGGUGGGGUGGGCACGAGGGCAGAGCAAGGCACACCUGGCAAGGAGCAGAAGCCCCAGCAGGGGUGGGUUCUGCCUGUGAGGGAGCAGGAUGGGGGUGCUGAUACACUGGGACUUGGUGAAGUUGGCAUUUUACUCCAAAGUUGGGGAUGGGGCAGUCUCAGGCUCUUCCUAAGGUGCCUGGCUGAAGUGAGGCAGGCCCAGGGAGUGGAAAGGCCCACCAGGGUGAGUUCAGGGUUUUUUCUGAUGAAGUGAAGGGGGUGCUGAGCAGAGAGCCGUCUUCAGCAAGCUCACCUGAGAUGGAAGUCACUUUGGAGGGGGAUUUCGAGGUCUGUUCUUCUGGGGGUUGCUGUACCUGCUGGCAUCCAUGUGCCAGUGUGGAGGUGGCGGUUAGCACUAGAGGUCUGGAUUUGGGGGAUCUCCAUGAAUGGCACUCAGAUGAGGGCCAAACCCUUGACUAACUCAAGGAGGCAUGCACAAGGAGGGGAUCUUAAGACCAGCUCUAGCACGGCACUGGGCAGACCCUGCCCUGGGGUGUGAGGGAUGGCACUUUGCCUUGCUGGGGUGGUCUGGGUGCAGUCAGAUCCCCCCCAGAUGAAAUGUGUGAAGAAAACAGAUUGCAAGCUCUGCACACUGUGAGCUGAGGGGGAUAGCCUGAGCAGCAGGAAGGGGGAGGGAGAAACCCUCCUCUCUUCCUUCCCCCAGUGCCAGUGGGAGAGCUCAGGCAACCUCUGGCUGUGAGACAGAGGUUCUGGCUCUUUACACUAUGGGAAUCAGUAAAAACUACACUAAGUCUUUCCCACUGAGAUCUAGUUGUUGUUAAGAUUGCCCUUUUCCCUCCACCCGUCCCACCCAUUUCUCCACUGAGUCCAUCUUGGAGGGGAGAGAAAUGGAGGGCUGCUCUGCUGUCCCUUUUCUGGGUUCUUAUGUGGUGGAACCAUAGGCCUUAGCUUCCUGUGAUGUGGCACUGUGGAGAUCAGGGAUGGGGACAGGUCCUGGAAGUGAGCUGAGGAUGUAGCUGAGAAUGAACAGCCAGCCAGGACAUCAGGACUCUCACGCUCAUCUCUCCUUGAGGCAGAGGGAUAUGAAAGAUGGCAUUGUGCCAUUCUGUGUACCUGUGAAUGUGUGUGCAUGUGCAUGAGUGCAUUGCAUGUGUGUCUGUACACAUGUAUGUAACUAUGUGUCUGAGUGAAUGUAUGUGUGUGUGCACUUGUGAGCAUUUGCACAUGUGUGGCUCUGAGAGGUGUGCUGCACACAGAUGCGAGGAAAUAGGGUCACUUCCCCAGGAACCCUGGCUGCACCCUCUUCCUCCCCUCUCCACCCCCUGCCCCCCUCCCACCUCCCCCCCCCCAGAAGCCCCAGCUGCAUAAAGAGGGCCUGGAGCCCUCAAUGCCCCUGCCAUUCCAUCCCACACCUGCCCAUACUGCCUCCCAAGCCUGUUCCAGAAGGAGGGGCCCCAAAGCAUCAGGUCUCGCCCCCCGCCCCUAUGACCAACAUGAGCUGGAGCUUCCUGACGCGGCUGCUGGAAGAGAUCCACAACCACUCCACGUUCGUGGGUAAGGUGUGGCUCACGGUGCUGGUGGUCUUCCGCAUCGUGCUCACCGCCGUGGGCGGUGAGUCCAUCUACUCUGACGAGCAGACCAAAUUCACAUGCAACACGCGGCAGCCCGGCUGUGACAACGUCUGCUACGAUGCCUUCGCACCCUUGUCCCACGUGCGCUUCUGGGUUUUCCAGAUUGUGGUCAUCUCCACGCCCUCCGUCAUGUACCUGGGUUAUGCAGUGCACCGCCUGGCCCGCGCCUCGCAGGAUGAACGCCGCCGUGCUUCUCGCCGCCGCCCAGGCCGUCACCCGCCCCGCGCACCCCUGCCGUUGCCUCCCCCACCCCACCCCAGCUGGCCGGAGCCCGCCGACCUGGGAGAAGAGGAACCCAUGCUGGGCCUGGGUGAAGAGGACGAGGAGCCGGGAGUGGCUGAGGGCCUGGGCGAGGAUGAUGCGGCUGAAGAUGCGGGUGUAGCCAAGGGCCCUGGAGGGGACACAAAGGCGGCGGGGACCCUGGGCCCUGCAGGCCAGCACGACGGGCGUCGGCGCAUCCAGCGCGAGGGCCUGAUGCGUGUGUACGUUGCCCAGCUGGUGGCGCGGGCCGCCUUUGAGGUGGCCUUCUUAGUGGGCCAAUACCUGCUGUACGGCUUCGAGGUGCGGCCCUUCUUCCCGUGCAGCCGCCAGCCCUGCCCACACGUAGUCGACUGCUUCGUCUCGCGUCCCACGGAGAAAACGAUCUUCUUGCUGGUCAUGUACGUGGUCAGCUGCCUCUGCCUGUUGCUCAACCUCUGUGAGAUGGCGCACCUGGGCCUAGGCAGCGCGCAGGACGCAGUGCGCAGCCGCCGUCCCCUUCCCACAGCUCCCGGGACUGGCCCCGCUCCUCGCCAGCCUCCUUGCGCGCUCCCCGCCGCAUCCUCUGGCCUAGCCUGCCCGCCAGACUACAGCCUCGUGGUGCGCGCGGCUGAGCGGGCACGCACCCACGACCAGGACCUGGCCAGCCUGGCGCUGCAGGCGCUGCAAGACCGGCGCGCGCUCGGGGACCUGGACAGCUCACCUGGCCCUGGCCACCCAGUGACCGCCCAGGGGGGGCCCCCAAGGGCCGGUGCCCCUGCAUCCGGGUCGGGUAGUGCCACGUCGGGAGGCACAGCUGGAGGCCAGGGCCGGUUGGGCACCAAACCCAGGGUGGGCUCAGAGAAAGGCAGUGCGAGCAGCAGCAGGGAGGGUAAGACCACAGUUUGGAUCUGAGGCCCUGCCCUGUCUGCUCGUGCCCCCGCCCCCCCUCCACAUCAGAUCACCAAGGAGGGAGGCUCUGGAGGAAGGCUGGGGCCUGGACCCAUUAAAGUGCAGAGGGCACCCUACUCUCCUCCUCAGUUGGCUGCCUCACCCAGUGGAGGGUAUCAGCUGGCUCUGCAUCACUGCCCCUCUCUGCGUGAAUACCAUCUCUGUCCAGGGUAGGAUGGGGAAGGCAGGCCUAGAAACCAAGAAGAGUCCCGGGCUCUGAUCCAUGUACCCUGAUGUGUGGGUGGGAAUGUGUCUGGGGCAUGGUCCCCACUCCCAGAGCCACCCUGCUGGUCACCUCAGGGCAAGAUGCCUGAUAAGGCAGGAGCUCCACCCCCUCUUUCCCUGCAGCAGUCCCUGUGUGACUGACUGGCUAGGGAGUACCUGGCCUGGGUGUUGGGGAGUAUGAUGCUUGUCACCACUCCUUACCCAGCAAAUGGGGCUCCUUUCCUAGCACCCACACUCCCCUUGCCCACAUUCUGCUUCUUGCACAGCUGGAGGCAAUGCCAGAUCUUCCUUGUGCAGAAGAGAAAACAGAGACCAGGGUAGGUAGAGGCCCCUGCACCCAGCCCUGACUUGCACCACCUCCUGCCUCACCCCCACUAGACCCCAUAGCAUGAGCUGCCUUGAAUGACAGGUGGGCCUGCAUCCUGCUUCCUGUUCCCUGCCUACACAGAUCUGGGGUGAGGUCCUGGAUGCGCCUGGGGUAAAUGGGACUAUGCCUUCCUCUGGGACAUACUUGAAGUUCUGAAAGAACAUUACACCCCCCUUCCCUGCUACUUGGACCAACAGGAGGUGGUCAGGGGCUGUGUCUUUGACCAUGCUGGGGAAAGGGACUCUGAGGCUCCCACCACAGCCUCUCUGCCUUAUAACCUCCUCUCCAAUUAAGACACAGUCUCCAAAACAAAGGCAGUAAAAUAAAACUAACUUUUGUUUACAA